UUCAGCGGAUGACAUGGGUCUGGGGAAAACCCUCACAAUUAUUGCUCUCAUACUGGCCAAGAAAAGCAAAGCAAAAGGGGAAGUUGAAGAGAAGGAAGAGAAGCAGGCCGAGGGCUGGAUCUCCAAAACUGACUCCAGCCCGGUGGUGUCUAAAGGCACUCUGAUCAUCUGUCCCGCCUCCUUGGUCCACCACUGGAAGAUGGAGAUUGACAGACGUUUGAAGGCAGGCAAGCUGUCGGUGUGCCUGUACCAUGGACCCAGCCGCGAGAGAAGUCCCAAAGUGCUGGCAGGUUAUGAUGUGGUGGUGACCACUUACAGUUUGGUCUCUAAGGAGGCCCCCGUCCAGAAGGAGGACGCUGAGAAACCCAGCAAAGAUACUGAUCAUGUGAGUUCUUGCCAAAGGGCGGCAGAACUUCUGUCCGUGCGCAGGAUGUUUAAUAUCCCCAUUGUCCUGGAUGUGCUGCACCCACCUGACUGCAUGACAGCUGGAGGCUUUGCAAGGUUCUCAACAGGCUCAGAGACUGACUCAAUUAACAUUAAACCAAAAAGAAACCUAAAGCCUGAGAAGACUUCAUAG